AUGAUCGGUGCAUUGUGGGCUAUUCUACCACUCUAUGGAUAUGGCAGAUAUACAUUAGAACCUCAUAAAACAUCAUGUCUAUUGGACUGGACUAAUAUGGAUAAGAGCAUGAAAUUGUAUAUGUUUUCACUAAUUAUAUUUGGUUAUGUACUUCCAUUCGGUAUCGGUAUUUGGUCACAAUAUAAACUGAUACAGCAUACAGUAUCGGAUGAAAAUAAAAAUAAGAAGAAGAACACUACAAAGAUUGAGAUUCUUAUAAAGUUGAAUAAUUCAAUCUUAUUAUUCAAUAUAUUUGGUUGGUUAUCAUAUGGUCUAUUAGCCAUUAAUUCAUUAAUAUCUGGACAAAUAACAUUGAAUCCAUUUACAUAUUGUAUACCACAACUUCUUGCAAAAAUUUCUCAAGCAUUUUUACCUAUAGCUUAUAGUUAUACAGAGAAACAAAUUGGACAAUGGAAUAAAGCAUAUGGAAAUAUAGAAUAG